AUGAACAGUGGAUGUGCAAAGCUUCUGGAAAUCCAAUUCAUCCAUGAUGGUUCAAUAUCGUGGAAUUGUGACAAGGAGAAAAGUAGUAAAGAGAGGCAAGGCGCUAAAUCAUUGCUUCCAAAAGUCCUGCGCAUUCGGUUUCAAAUCGUUCUAUACCUCAUAUUUGGCUAUAUGCAGGGUUCUAGCAGUGGGAAUCUGGGACCUAUAGCCUUGAUAACACCAAUACCAAAUUGUCUGACCAAAAUUCCAGCAGAAGUUGACGCAAGUCGCGAGGUAUCCACUCAGUCCCAAAAGGUCUUUCUGACCGUCAUACCCCUCAUCAAUGGAUCUUUUCCAAGCACAAUCCGGUUUUCACAGGUACGUGACGAGGAUCCCAUGCUGGGUUUACUGCCGGGUCAUGGUGAGAAGCUGAAACCAAUGAACACUGGUUAUAAUGAAGGGAAGGAGAGAGAGAGAAUAGAAUGCCGGCUAUGUAAAAGGUUCCUCUAUCACCUUAAGGCUAGGAGGCGUAUUGGUGUAAAAUAA